CAUGAAUUAACGAUAUUCUAAAUUAGAUUAAAUUAAUUUAAUAAAUAAGAAUUAGACUUUUCCCUGAUGUUUUAUAGCUGAUCGUAACUUUUUUUUUGAUAAAUAAGGUCAAGCUAUGGAUGACCUAUUACUUAACCAAUUUCUAGUUAUCAAAUUUAAUUGAUUUAUUUUUUUUAAUUUUCAACAGUUAACGCCCUAUAGCCGUCCCUGUGCGUUAUGUAAUACAUUUUUCUGCACAGUGUAUUUGUUGAAUGGUAAAUUCGAAUGACUUCGAUUGAUGAUCGGUCAACGAUCAAAAAUCCCACGGUAUAGACGUAUCAGUGUCUCGCUAAGAAGUUUAGUCUGCCGUUGAGGAGACAUACAAUUGCUUGUAUAAUUGCGCAUAAUUUGCUAACAAAUUUAAGUAAACGUUUGCUUUUCUGUUUAGCACCAAUCAUUCGGUAGUGAGACGUGAUCCAGAAGAGACGAAAUUCAUUGAGUGCGUAGAACGGUGAUAUUUUAUCCAGCAACAGAGAAGUGAUUAGAAUACCAAGUGACAACAGUGUCUUUUAAAUUAUGGCGGAGGUAUCUUAUGCGAUAAUCGAACCAGGAGAAAAAGAAGAUAUCGUGGCAUUUAUUAAAAAUAAUUUUUUCUUUGACGAGCCUCUGAAUAAAUCUUUGGUUCUGGGGGAGUGCAAACAAUUAGAAAUCUUUUCUACCGAAUCCUUGGCCGAUAAGUUGUCCUUUAAAGCAGUGUUCAAUGGAAAAAUUGUUGGUGUCAUAAUCAAUGCGAUUGUGCAUAGAAAUUCAAGUGGACCCUCCACAGAUUUCAGUGGUCAUAGGAAAUUCCAAAAAAUUAUUACACUUUCGGAAUCCCUGGAACACGAGUGUAACAUAUUUGGACGAUUUUCUGAAAUUCAGAGUUACGUUGAUGGAAGGAUCAUAUGUGUUUCCAGCCAGAUGCAACGUAUGGGAAUUGCUGGACGACUAGUUGAUGAAACCCUAAAACUCAUGGUACAAAAGAAUAUUCCUUUAAUCUAUGUCCAAUGCUCAAGUUUCUACUCAGCAAAGGUCUUAGAAAAGAAAAAUUUCCGCGAAAUUCUCAGUCUUAAAUAUGAAGAUUACAAAAAAGAUGGAAGACCAGUCUUUACUCCAGAAAAACCUCAUGAAUAUGUAAAAAUUUUUAUAAAACAAGUACAAAAAUAAAUUGUAGAUGACUUUGUUGACUAAUUUGUAAUAAAAUUUAUAAAAAUAUA